CUAGGCGCCUACCUAUAGUAAAAAAUACAUUCUUUAUCUAUUCUUCUUGAAACCAGAGAAAUGAAGCAGAUUUUCAGUAUUCCUAAACACGUUGUUUUUCUUGUCAAAGAAGUACCUCUUUUUUACGGACUCGAAAAAUAUCCUACCUUAGAUAUGUGUAUUGAAAACUUUGAAAAAAUAUUACAAUUCGCUGACUGGUGUAUGAAGCUUAGAAUAGAAGAAAUCACUGUCAGCAUGUUCUCGUGUAUUGUUUUCAAAUUUCCAAAUGAUGAAAUAAGUAAAUCAAUGGCUGCUUUUCGAAUCACUUUGGUGAAUUGGCUCGACAGAGAAAUAUUGAUCUCCAAAGGGAUACGUUUGAACGUUAUUUCCAAUACAUCAGAAUUACCCGACGAUAUAUCUAAUUUGGUGAGAAUUCUGCAAGAUAUCACCAAAAGCAAAGCGAAAUUAACCUUGAAUAUUUUAAUUGGGCAUCUCGGCGAGACUGAUCUCAGGAAUCUAGAUGCCAUAUUCCAAUCUUCUGAGUGGAAAUCUGAAACGGAUAUAUUUUCUAAAUGUAUUUGGCCUUUUUCCACUGAACCUCAACUGAUCUUAUCGAAUUGCAUAUACAAGAGAUUAACGGAUUACUUGAUGUGGAAAACACCUUCAAGAUGCGUCUUCCACUUUCAUCAAGCGUGGAACACCAUGAAGUUUUACCAUUUCCUUGGAAGCUUGAUAUUAUUCCAAUUUCAUCGAGUAAAUCGAUCAAAACUCUGAAUGGAAAGGCUUGAAAAUCAUCAUUUACGCGUAUUUGAAAUAAUCAUCAUUGCACUUCAUUUGUUAGUGUACAUAGAUUAGAUAUGUUGAAAUAAAUAGAUACUUAGGUAGGUAGGUAGGUACAGGUAGGUAGGUACCAAUGGUUAAGGUCAAGAAGAUCCCACUAAAAAACUGCUCUCUCGAGUCUUGAAGAUUUAGCAAAAAAUAUCUUAUUGGCGUAGUAAACUUGUACAUUGUAUAAACUGUUUUGAACUUUCUUCAAAUGAUCGUAUCGCUGUGAGUUGGAAUAUCGUUGGAUUCCUUCGAUUUGGACUCAAUUACUUACUACCUCUUUGCAAAACUAGAAUAUUUUCGUAAAAAAAAUCAGAAAUUUGAAUUUUUGAGAAGUAAAGGUUGAAGAACAAAAAACAACAAAAAAGAAGCUCAUAAUGUUUCAACUCCCUUUAGUAUAUUUUAUGAAGUCAUUUCCCGAAAUUACUAAAUCAGUAAUUAAAUUAUCCUUAGAAACAUUAAAAAAAUUAUCCAUUUAUAAAUUGAAAAGUUUUACGAUGAUGCCUGCUAGCCUGCUGGAAAUUCAUAUUAUAAUGUAGGUAUUGUAAAAUUGAUAAAUGAUUGUCAGGAAAUCAAAACUUCACGCCACCCUCUAAACCAAGACUGUGUAUUGUGCAUUUGUGCAUGUUGUUGAUGCAUAAGUGUACUUAAUAUACCUAUUUCCAAUCCUCCUGUGUACUAAUAAACAAUGAUAAUAUACGUAAAUAACGAUUACUUUUUCAAAA